GCAGAGCUAGACACAGCGUUAUUGAAUUAUUCUCAGGAGUUUACAGCACAGAUGUGUUUGGGGAGAAGGUUACUGAUAUGUUCGGAGUGAGUAAAUUGUCCCUUUGGGUCUUGACGGGCCUGGCAGCUGUCACCACUGUUUUCUUUAACGUCUACAUCUUUUUGAUGACUCUAUGGAACAAGACAGGGAAGAAGAAGAGGAGCCCCAGUGAAACCCUCAUCAUGGCUCUGGCGGUGGCCGACGUGACUCACCAGUUGAUGUGCUACGUCUGGAUGACCAUGGAUGAAGUGGACAGCAGCUGUGAAAUUGCGGAGAUGUUCUACACUGUCCUGCUGGUGCUCAUGUCCAGCUUCAAGUUCACCAUCAUUUGGGACUCUAGCUUUCUCACCUUUUACUACAGCACCAAGCUGGUCAGUACGCCCAACCACUGCUAUACCCAGAUCCAAGCUGCCAUCCUUAAGCAUGUGAGCCUCGCGGUUUUCCUCAUCCCCCUGUUUGGCCUGGCCACAUGCAUGCCGAUUCUUAUGGCGUUUCAAAUAGGCAACUACACUGAAGGGGUAGAACAGCAGAUUGACUGUGGGGUUUUGCUGCCCGAGUCCAACGCUGGCAUGGUCUACGAUGUAAUUUACCUGCUCCUCUCUGAUGUGCUGCCUGGGAUGGUCAUGUUGAAGUGCUGCAUCUCUAUCUCCAUUCACCUGGCCAUCCACCUGCGCCACAUGAAAGCUAGCACCAACGGCGCCCACCCCCCAAAGCUCGGCUCCCAGAUAAGGGUGGUCCAGAUGUCUUUGUCUCUGGCGGCGAACUUCCUGAUCUUCCUCAUGGUCGACCUUUACAUCAACUACGAGGUUGUGGUGAAACACGAGAAUUCUAUGGGGGUCACGUUCUUCAUCACAUCCUUCUAUUCGACUGUCACAGCCAUGGUCCUCAUCUAUGGCAAAAAGACUCUUUGGAAAACCAUGAUACAUGACAUUAACACCUGUCUGGAUGCAUAUCCAUGUUUGCGCUGCCUGAAAAUGCCUAAGCAAAACUCACCACCCAGUGAACCUCCAGAGGUUAAGACAUGA